AAUCAAUGGGUCGCUAUGAGGAGCAGCUGGACGGAUAUCAAUGCAUUAUACGUAGCCAUGAAGGCAGGCUUAAAACAAGGUCACCAGACACACAAUGAUCUUGGCGUUGGUGAUAUUGUUAUUGAUGCCCUCGGCACAGGGUGGGCUGGAGAAUUGGGU